GCCAAGUUGUUUUUCCCCUAAACUUAAACAUUUGUAGAGUUUUAUUGAAAUUUGAAGAAUUUUUCGUAAAAAUUGAAAAAUCAAUUUUAAGAUAAAAUGGGAGGUCAGCACUUUGGAGAACUAGCUAAAAUUCGUGGAAUCGUUACACACAAGAUUUCUCCAUUCGAGCAGAAGGCAUUCGCUGGAGUAAUCAGCAAAGGAGUUCCAAAUACCUUCCGUCGCAUCAGUGGUCAAAUCUUCAGAGUUGUGCCUCCAUUCAUCGUCGGAUAUUUCAUCUACAGCUAUGUUGAAGGUAUCCAUGAUAGCUACACACGCAAGAACCCAAAGGAUUUCGAAAAUGAUGUGUAAAUCUGUUCAAAUUCCAUCUAUGAAUUAAUGUAGAAAAUUAAAAAAUUCAAACAAUAAAAAAACCGAUUCAAAUUUAAUUC